AUGUCGCCAGGCACGGCGAACUGCAUCGACAUACUGUUGGCCGUCAUCCUCCCCCCUCUGGGAGUCUUCCUCAAGUUCGGAUGCAAGGUAACUGGAAUAUAUAUAUAUAUAUAUAUAUAUAUAUAUAUAUGUAUGUAUAUAUAUGCCGUUGAGAUGUUUCGGACGGAGCAUCGUCCGCCAUUUCCCCGCUCCAUCCUCGUUCGUGGUUCUGGGGGGUUUCUCUUCCGUGUUGUCAUCGUCCACUUCUGUGGCGGUUCCGCUAUGUAUUCUGUCGAUUUGUCCUCACAUUUUCUGGAGGAGGCUUCAAUUUCGUAGUCGCUUCUGGCUUUUUUUUAAUUAUUAGUUCACCUCCUUUCCCUACAUUUCGAUUUUGUUCUUCUCAUGAUUUUUUUCCGUUUACCUCCCUGGAUCUGGGAUCCAAAUCGGGGGAAUGAUUCUAUGGCAUUUCGGUGCGAUUGUAUCCGUAUGCCUAGUCCUCGCACUCGCGCCCGGUCUUAUAUAAUAUAUCGGCGUCCGUAAUACGACUCUCAGGUCCUUGAUCCGAGCCUCGAACGAAAGUAAGUACGAGUUGUACACUGUGCAGGUGGAAUUCUGGAUCUGCUUGCUGCUGACGCUGUUGGGCUACCUCCCCGGUAUUAUCUACGCCGUAUACGCAAUCACCAAGUAG